ACCGACCUCAUCUUUCCAAAGAAAAAUCAUCCAGGCAAUCCUAGACAAUCGCUCGCGUACAUUCCGUGAUUCGUGUUCAAACACGUAAACUAUUUUCGGUUCCGUUGUUCAACAGGUCAUGUCCCAACCGACACGUCGCAGCAAACGUUUCAAGAUGGAGUCUCCGGUGGAAGCUGCUGAAGAAUCAAAACCAACCAACGUCGCAACGCUGCCGGCCCCAUCGCAGGGAGAGGGAGAGUGCAGUUCGUGCAAGGAAUUAGUGGAAAAUCCGGUAAGCUGUACCAAGUGCCAGAAGUUCUUCUGCUGGAAGUGUUUCGACGUUUGGCUUUCGUUCACGCCCCGUACAAUGUGUCCGGUUUGCGUGGGGGAAGUCAAGAGAAAGAUCGAUAGCUGCAUGGAACACGACCAGGAGCUGAAUCUGUUCUGCCUGACUUGCGGAACGCGCAUCUGCAGCGGGUGCUUCUUAAAUGCAACGGAUCACAAGCGGCAUCAGAUUGACGAUUUCGAUGUAGUGUAUCGUGAAAAGCGAACGGAUACCAAUGGGAAGCUGAAUGAUGUGGGCGAUGUGCUGGAGAAGUUCCAGGUCGUCGUCGAUACAACGAGGUUCAACGAGGAGCUGAUUUGCAAGACCGAGGAAACGAUUUAUCUCCAAUUGGAGCAGCUGAUGAAUACAGCUAAAGCGGAUACUGUUGAAUGGAAGGAUAUGAAGCUGAGUUUGUGCAAACUGAGGAAGGAAGCCCCGGUGAACAAGAUACGGCACUUCGAGGAGUUGCGGGGCAAGAUCGACGGUAUGGCCAAACAUGAAUUUAUUGCCAAGAAGGAGGAACUUGAGCUAGAAGCUGCCGAUCUGGUUCCUAAUUCUCAAGCCUUGUGUCCGCCGCCGAUCGGUUAUCAUGAUUAUAAGUCUUCGAUGAUCCCCCAGUGUCGAAUGGUUCUGAUUGUACUGGAGAAUUUUUCCCGUUACCUGGAAGAUCCUAAGUACGAUCUUAUCAGCAGUGCAGACGUGUCCGAUAGCAGCGAGACAUUCUGGACAGUUCGUGUUUUCAAGGGGAAACAUUUGACCGUUGACUUUUCCCAGAAGCAGUCGUUGAAGCAUAGCCUGCCAUUUCAACUGUUUGUGGAAAUUUUUAACACCGACCUUCGGAACACCCUGCGUGUGAUGCAAGAUACGCAAUCUACCAACUGUCAUAUCGAUUUGAUAGAAAUGGACAAACUAAAAGAACCAGGAUUCAUAUCCGAGUCCGACGAGGUGUCGGUUAGUAUUUGGAUACGUCCGUGGAACAUAAUGGUUGAACGUGAAGCUCUUACGUUGAACUUCUUGGAUCUCAAGAGGCAAAAGAUCGAACUGGAUGAUAAGCACAAUCGUGUCGUUGCGAAGUUAGCGGAUUCUGAGCAGUAUUCCGUUGGAUAUCUACGAAUCCCACUGGAGAAGCUGCAAUUCCCGGAGCAGAGCAACACGGAUAUGUUGCAAAUCAAGUCACACAUGAUUAAGGAUUUCAGCGGACGAUCCUGGCGUCUGUACGUCGAGCGGGUGAAAGCUAAUCGGAACUGUGCGGAAUCGUACAUUGGCGUAUUCUUGAAGCUGUGUUCACCGUUGAAGAAGAAGACUUCAACACUACGACGUCGCUACUAUGUGCAGCUGGUUAACAAAGAUAGCGAUUACUCCAUUCAGAAGUGCAGCACUGAUAAGUUCAAUCUAAACCUUCGGCUCGGGUGGUGCCCAUUCGUUAGGAUGUCGCGGGUUUUUGCCGAUAAUUCGGGCUUUGUCCGGAAGGGAGCUAUCGGUUUCAGAUUCGGUGUACAGAAUAAGAAGUGGAAGUAAAGGUUCCGAAUCGUUCAACUUGAAUCACCAUGCCUUUCGCAGCAGUAUAUUUUAUCAUCUUUGACCCUGAUACUUAACUACUAUUACAUUCUAUUUUUUUUCCUUAUGUAUAUUCUGAUAAUUAAUACCAGUAGCUA